GCACAACCUCGAGUAGGCAAACGGCACCGAUCUACAAAAAAAAAACUUACAAACCUUUAUUGUUGGAAAUCUUACCAGGAUAAAGACUUACUCUUACUAUUUUGUUAAAUUCACUGUUGUUAUUGUUGCACUUGCUGUUUAAUAUAAUAUUAUAUAUAAAUAUAUAAUAUUAUAUAAUAACAACAGUUUUAAUGAAUAACGUGGUAGGUGAACUUUGCCUACUCCAGGAUGAUCCCGGGGGGAAACAACAUCAAUUGAACAAAAGCCGACAACAAGGUCGAGAAGUACUUGAGGGAGAAGACAUGUCUUCAACCAGCUUCACCGACCAACAGUUCAUGUCCCUCCAAAGCUUUAAUAGGACCUUCUCUGGAAGUCUGAUAAACAUCUCUAAAGAACACAAAGAGCUCCUGUAUGAAUGCCCCAGAAAACCACCCGGAAAUUUCUAUUCCACCGGCUUUAGUCACACAAAAGUCAUCAACAGUAGACUUUUAGUUGGAACCUUCUACAAACAGAUCUGUUUAGUCUUGGAUGUGAAGCUGGACAGAAAAUCUGCUGAACUUGGUUUUACUCACUUUAUCUGCAAACCAAACACGCUGAAAGAGGACCAGCAGCAGGAAGAUCCUAUAUUUCAUCUAGUGGAGAAUGUAGUUCCAAAUUAUCAGCUACAUAACCUUAAUGAUAUAGAUUGUAAUAGUAAAGAAUGGCAGCUUCUAUUGCAGAAGAGGAAGGAAUACAGUCAAUUACAGGGGAGGAAGGAAAUCAGAGGCGCAAUUGCUUGUUUAUUUAUAGAUGGAGAUUUAUGUAAAUGUUUUUAUGUAGCGAUGCCACUUUAUAAAAAAAAAACAAAACAAAACAAUAUUCACUAUGAGGAAUUAUUAAUUGGACAAAUUGGUGCCUAUUUAAAAAUCUCACAAGAGUCACAUAAUGGAGCCCCAAAGGGUGGGGGGAAGAAAAUUCUGAUUUAUAUACCCAAGAGUCCAUGUUUUAAAAGAGAGAAGGAAACUAUUAAGCCUUGUUUCUUUCUGCUUUUAGAAAACGCGGCUCUAUGGAAAAAAAAAUACAACUAUCACACACAUGUGGGAUUUACACAUUAUUUUGGACCACUUAGUUCACGUAUUUUAGACAAAAUCCCCAAAUUGGAAAUCUUGAGAACCAAUAGUGUUUUCCAUGCAUACACUGAAAAAUCUGACAAUGACCGAACCAAACUAAACUGGGAAGAAAUAAAAAAGAAAAUUUAUGCCAUGAACAAAGAAAAGAUGUUUCAGGAGAUCACAGAUUUUAAAAAAUGUCUGGAAAAUCUCUGUAAUUUAGCAAAGUCUGAGUUGACAUUAAAUCAACAUUUAAAAUGUGUAAGGGAAAUUAAGUCAUCUGGGUUUGACUCAGCAGUCAAGGAUUCGAUUUGUAAAACUUUGUGUACGAUCUGGGAAGAAGCGGUUGAAAACAAGAGGUUGGAACUUAUAAAGGAAAAAUUCAAAGCAGAUUAUAACGAGAAAUUUGUCACAUCUUUUCUGAAACAUCAGAAUUUUUCUUCCGGAGAUGACUUCCUACAAUUUGUUUUAAUAGAGAAACAACACUUAUCAACCAACAUGUUACAGUCUGACUUACACUCUUUGGAUGACAAAAACCUUCGUAGUCCAGAUGGUCGUGAAACUGUUAUUAGUGAUUAAACUAUCUUUGAUCCAAAAACUUCCAAACUUUUGAUAUCAUUUGUGAUUAGAUCAAUAAUUACUGUAACUGAAUAUUUGUGAUUAAAAGAAUAAAAACAAAUCUGAA